GUGUCCUUGAAGCUGAAUGAAGUUUCAAACGUAUGCACUUUAAAAGUACUAGACAGUAAGUUAUUGAAUUCGUCAUGUUCAGUAAUUCAAAGUUUAUCUAUUCAUGUUAUUCUGUGUGUAAUAUAUGCAUGAUAUGACACAGUGCAUAUACGUAAGGUUCUCUAGAAUAAAAGCUUUUGUGGAAGUAAUGUAUAUGGACGACCUUGAGCUCUUUUCUAUUCAGGGAUGUUUGGUUAUGAAGCUAUUUAUGACUAAAAAGUGAUAGUUAUAAUUGGUCAGCAGUUUGUAUACGAAUAACCAAAACUCGUAUGAACUAUCGGGUUUUCGCCAGGUGCUAUUAUGAUUUAUAAUGCGUCAAUGAAUCCUGCGAACCGUCAUUGGUUUGUUAAUAUUGCCUACUUCUCCUAAACAUUUAAGAAAACUGAGCCGACGAACAAACCUCUUGAUACACUAGCUUUGAGCAGUUCGUUAAGCAGCACUAAUUCGCUUGUUUCCUAAAACAAUUUUUUUCCGUUAUCAUGGAUAGACAGAAACUGUUAUUUCCUUAUCCUUUGUAAUGACCUUUGAGGGCAUUCUAGAUGAGUUUUAAGUGAGAAAUUCGGGUAAUGGCAAUACAUAGAUCGUACGUUCAAGCACAUCAACCUAAACCCCCCUGGAAUGUCCUAUACACAGGACAGGCUAAGAAUUAAUGAAUUAUGGACUCGACUUCGGUCAGCGAAUGAUAAAUCCUUACACAAAUCUAUAUUCACGGUUGUUGUUAAGUGAUAUUGGUCUUUACCAUUUGUUUCGAUUCGGGGUUAUCGAAUGAUAGAUUAAUCAACGAGACUAAUUUAUGAACGAACCGAUGAGAUAUAAGAUGGUAGGUCUUGGAUUUUGGUGCCAAAUUCUUUCAUCCUCUUGGCUAACUAGCGUUUUGACAUUUUAGCUGAUGUCAGUUCGGGAUAAAAUCUCUAAGUUUAGUUCGUGACCCCCCCAUUAACUGUCAAUCACAAUAACCGUCAUUUAGUCUUUGUUAAUAGGUGGACAUUCUCAUGAUCACUUUAACGUCUCUCAAAGGUCGUCCAUAAAUUAUAGUCUCCGAUUAAUCGGUAAGUAGAAUUUGGUUUUAUGCCGGGAUAGAACACCUGAAAGUUUAGAUCGGUAGCACUAAGAAGUUCUGUAAUAGCCACAAUUUGAUGUCUAAGUCAGUCAUGUGAUGACUUGUCUGUAGCUCUUUACGAGGAUAGAAGCAGAUCCUAGGUUAGUUGACUGGGCAGAUUUUUUUGGUAAGAUAUGACAAUUCAGGUAUCCUAUCACGCUUCAAUUAGUAUACUAUCGUAGUAAAUUCACAGUUUUUAACGACUAGUUUUUAGGUUUAAAGCCUAAUUUCCCUUAGGUUACUGAGUAUCAUCAUUAACCACGCUAGUUUUGGUUUUACCUUUUUUCGAGUUCCUAAACACCACUAAACUUAUUUCAGUCCAAAAACCAUUGUUUAUAAUAGAUAUUAUUUUUGUCCAUUUAUUGAUUAUCCAGCCUUUUCUUUUCUGUUUUCAUAUCGUCUUUUCAACUUGUGUAACCUUUUCGGUGCUAUGUUGUACAAAAAUGUUUCAUUACAAUUGAAAACAGUUUAGUUGUCACUUAAAACGUGCAAUUUCAUGAGUUGUUUGCAUAUAGUAUUUAGGAUUCUUCUGGCCGGACUAACUUAUAUGUUUUGGUUGACUUGCUUAUACACUAUCACUAAUCAUCUGUUCGUUAACUAAUCUAGUUAACACCAAAUCUGUUUCCUUCAAACUAUGUGACUUCCCUUCUUUGUUAAAAUGUAAUACAGAGACGUUUUGCAACCCUCAAGUGGUUCAAAGCUGCCAACCAAAAUUCAUAUCCAAUUAUGGUAGAACCACCUCUCCGUCGAAAACGUGCGUUAUCGUUCGCUGGAUACUCCGAGCUCCCCAAAAUUUCCAACAAUGUUAAUUUUGGACAGUUACCUACUGCCUUCCGAAUUCGCCAUCCAUCGUCCGUUUAUCCUGAUGGUGGUCCAGCUCUUGAUCAAGUUUUCGGGGGUUUUUCACAGAAGUUAAACAAUGAAGAAAUUGGAUUUUCAGCGUCUAAGGAUUUAUCAGAUAUCAAAGAUUUUGGAAUAAGAGGUUGUGAUUUACGCUCAAGAAAGUCUUCAGUCGCUACAGUUGUAGACCAUCCACUACAUAGUUGUAUAUCGACUCCCGAAAUUUACCCUAAAGUACCAAGUUCCUGUUCUGGUUCAGUAGCCAAAUUGUCUCAGCCACUUAAUUUAUCAUCCUUUAACUGUUCAGAUUAUGUUCUUCCUGAUAGUCUAUUAUCUUCGAAUCUUGUUAAACUCUACCUUGCCAAGGUUAGUAUUAUCCCUUAUUUGUUAUAAUCGUUACAUACAUAUUACUGGAUGCUGGAAAUAGUGUUUUAAGGAAUAAUUCUGUUAUUACUGUGAUCCCCUGGGUGCUUUAAUUGGAAUUUGUUUCGAACUGUUGAUCAGUUGUUCAAAAAUAUAGUCAUAGGUCCAAUGUACAUUCCAUUCGCUGCAUUCAAGGGAGUGCUGUCGAUUCCCGAGCUGCUAAAUUCUAACUGCCGAUCACUAAUCAACAAAGUGGACUAUCUUCAGUUCCUACUAAGUCAAAAUAUGUAUCGUAAUUGUGGUGUCAUCAUGAUUCAAGAAUCUUGGUUAAAUGAUUUACAGGAAGACUGCCUAGUAUCACUACGUGAUUUCAAAAAAUAUCGUCAGGAUCGAUCAAACAACAAAAUGAGGUGUGGCGGCGGUGUAGCUACGUUUAUAAACAUAAACUGGUGUCGAUCUUCGUUUGUGUGUUUUAAGUUUUCAAAUGACUCUAUCGACUGUCUAACUCUAAGAUAUCGUCCAAAACAUCUGAAUAAAUAAAAAUAUAUUUAUGUUACCAAUAUCUACGUGACUCCAGACUGCACAUCAUCUGCGCUAUCCGUUUUCGCUGAUGAAUUCACUGAGUUCGCUGUUACUGCCUUCAGUGAUUCACUUUCAGUUGUAUGUGGUGAUUUCAAUUCAUGUGACUGUAGCUUCCUUACAUCACUAGGUCACCAAAAUGUAGUAGAUUUUCUUACCCGUUUGGAUGCUCAUUUAGACUUCGUCUUCAUUAAUGAAGUGGGUAUAUAUGCGACUCGUAAACGUGCUCCAUUGUCUAGCUCGGAUCACUGUAUAAUUCGUGUUCUACCUAAAGUAUAUGGAAAGCAUGGGGAGAGUACACUCUUACAUCAAACCAAGAAAGUCAAAUAUAGGAAUUACUCAGAAAAUAUCCGAAACCUGAAAAACAUGUUUCAUACGACUAACUGGGAAUUAUUUACAGAUGACUCACUGGAAAUCACCACUGAUGUUAUCACUUGUUAUCUUAAAUUCUGUUUUGAUACUUGUUGUCCCACUGAAACCAUUUUUGUAAGUUUUGAUCGACUUACAUCUACACAACUAAAACGACUACGGAAAAUGAAAGAAAGAAUGUACAAGGAGAAAAACUCUAAUGAAGUUCGUAAGCUAAAUGGUCUGAUAAACCUAGAGAUUAAACGUCUCAACUCUAUGUUUACUCAAAAACUCUCCAAGUGUGUGGAAACCCCUUAAAGAACUUACAAGUGACAGACAUUAGGAGCGAUAACCAGCUGAAUGUUUGUGACUUAAAUAAGUCUCUUGUACGUCAGUCAUCUGAUGUGAUGCUCCCUUUAUCCACAGGUUUAAAUAAUAUCUGUGUUCCUACUUUCACUGAAACUGAUGUACAAAGAUGUCUCCAGUCACUUAAUUUAUCUCGAUGUUUAGAACCCGAUGGUAUCCCAAACAUACUUUUUAAAAAGUGUGCUGACGUCCUAUGUUAUCUGUUCACAACUAUCUUUAACAGAUCCUUCUCAUCUAAUCUCAUACCGAAAAUGUACCUUCUUAAUCGUUUUAUUAUUAUGGCCUAAGUAUGUGUUUUUUAAAUUUCUACAAGCGUGACAAUCUGUGUUAUGUAUCGCAAUAGUGUAACUCGUAUAGAACUUUUUUUAAGCUCGGGAUUUCAUAGGAUGAGAUUUUAUGAUCAUAAUUCAUCAAAUAUGCGUCCGCAUAUUUACCGUCAGAAAAAGAUGCAAUUUCAGUGAACGAAGACUUGGUAGGAAAAAUCAAUUCAUUGUUUAAUGCGAAAUUACAGAGUGCCCUCGUGAAAUAUGAAAACCAUACACUACAUACAGUAUUUGUACAUAUUCCUCCAUUUGUCCUGUAUUGGCUUCAUGAUUCUUCCAAUUCUGUUGUUAUUACAAUCGCUCUUUAUUUCCCUUCUUGUUUUCUUCAAUUUAGUCUUCUGUUGGCAGGCAUUUCGCUUCCGAUCGUUUCUGCAUACUACUUAUAUCUGUCAGCAUAAGCAGCAUGCACCACACAAUCAGCUUGUAAUCCGAGAAGUGUCUACCUAAGAGUCUUAUAUACCAUGAAACUGACCAAAUUCAUUCGGAACAACUAAGGAAUGGAUAAUAAAAAUAAUUUUAACUAGUGACAGUUUCACAUUUUGCUUCUACUAAAUAGUCUAAAUGGAAAUAUGGGGAGAUGUGUGUCCAUUUUGUACUGAUUUUAGAUACAUGUUAAGAAAAAUCUAGAAAUGCAGUGAUUUGUCUUCAUCGAUCUAAUCAGUCAUUUACGUCAGAUUUAUUUUGUUUUUCCGAUCAAAUCAAUAUUCUGAAAUACUUUGUUCAAAGUGUCUGCUAUUCGAUAUUUAAAACAAAUAAAUUGAAUCACAUGGAAUUAAGGUGUCACGGGUAUUUUUUUUGAAAUAAAUAUUGCCUACAAAUUAUAUAAGUUGUAUAUACUUAUUUGUAUAUCUCAUGUGUGCUCGAUCAUAGCUCGAUUCAUGUGGGUCUUUUCACCAAUUAAACAUCAUGCAAACUCGGUUGUUUUACAUACCAAAGAACUUAGAAAGACUUCGUGAUUUACAUGGGAUAAAAGAGAUUAGUUUCCUAUUUAAGAGGCCAGUUUUUACCUAGAUAGUUUGCCAAAAGCACUUAAUAGCAGUACGAGUUACAUGAGACUGAAGUGGAUUUUUUUUAGCGAAACGGUUAUUCGACUGUAUCUGGACGUACAUACUGUUAUUGUUGAUCGUCAGAAAUACAUCGUAGAAAUAUGAUUUACUGUUGAACAGUAAUAUAAAUAAAUUGUAUACAUCAGCUGCUAACCAUGAAAUUGUGCAUUAAUAAUUGUCAAGAGAUUUUCAGUCUUAUUAUUCGACCUCUACAUUUGGUUUUAAUAAAAAGCUUCGGCUUCAUGGGAUCUGACCCAUCAUCGCCUCGCAUACGCCAUCAUAAAUCUUUUAUUCUCUUCAGACAUAAAUAAUGAGUUUUCCCUUUAAGAACCUAAGUGUUAAACUUAAAUGUUAUCAAAUUGUAUUACUAAUUAUUAUCACUUUUUAUCCAAAGGUUGCCACAUCAAAGCCUGUUGAAUAUACAUGCCCAAAUAAUUCCUCUCGAUCGAAAUCUCCACAGACUUUUACGCAGGAUGGUCAUCGCUUACCAGAAUGUUUACAAAUUCACCCACUCACUCUGGCUUCUAUGGUUAUGCCAGUAAACCAGAUAAUUCGAGCACAUGCUAGCCAGAAUAAAUCUGAAAUGAAAAAAUCGGGCGAACUUGCAAAUUCAUUGAACGUUUAUUUGAAUGGUCGAAAUGCCGUAACGGAUGCAAGCUAUUCUAGUGAAUUCAGUGAUGGUGAAUCGUGGGGACGUCCACCUGUCUGUGAUCAUACUAACACUGGAUAUCUUUCAGAUAAUCACCUUAUAGAAGCUGUUUCUGAAGCAAAAAUGCUCAACAUGAGUAAACAACAACUAGAUAUGCGCCUAAGUAUCCGACCUGGUUCUAAGAUUAUCUCCUCUAGUCGCACACAAACAAAUUCAAGUCAGUUUCUCUAUCUUUUUCUCAUCUUGACUCAUUGGUGGGUUGUAGGAGAGUCGGUAUAUGAGUACAUGACUUGUUCGUCAUCUCUCAGUACUUAUUCUGAUAGUACUUUUAAGAAAUCUAGUCUUACGACCUUUCUGUUGAUGUUAGGCUUCAAAGCUUAUCGUCUUUAAUCUAAUUACGACGACCAGGUAUUAACUCUGAGGCUUAUUAAUUAAGAGUAUUUUUGCCAUCAGAUAUAUUUGCACUUAUUUGAACGCUUACAUAUUGACACAAAUGUGCACCACACAAGUAAGAUUUUGAAGAAAUAGGUGAAGAUGAGGAAUUAUAAUCAAGAACUAAUCAAAUAACUAAACGAGAGAAUUAUAUGCUGGGAGGCACUGUAGUGUUGGUUACUUCGUUAAGGCCGCAUAACUUACUCUAGUUUCUUGACAGGCGAAUUUAUCCAUUCCUCGUGAGUCACUUUUUGGUCUUGCUAAUUAUUUACUUACCAACCCUGACUGUUUUUAUAUGAGUGUAUGUGUGUGUGUAUCUUAUCUUACUCAUCACGUGUUUAGUUAUUUUUGUGUGACUAUAAAUAUUGAUUAACGCUUAAUUAGAUCGAGUUGGCCCAUUUGCCUUCUCCAUUGUGCGUCAUUUCGCUUCGCUCUCUUCUCUUCGCUUCAUUUCUCUGAUUGUCUGUUUAAAUCAAUGAGUGUACAAAACAUACGCAUUCAAAAAUUUAUUCUCGUAUUUGGCUUAUUUAAUUCCGUCAUUCACUAACGCGGAUUAUGUCGGUAAUUACAUACGAGAAUUGACGAUAUGUAAAUCUAAAUAACAAUCAGUCAGACGAUACAACUGGAGUCAGAUACGGGCCACAAAAGAACCAUUCAAAUUAUGAAUUACGACUAGAAGGAAUCUUUUCAGUCAAAGAAGCUCCUCUCACUUUUAUGAGGUAAAAGAAAGUUACAACAUGGUUGCUAUUUAUUUCUGUCCUAUAGCAUGCCUUGUAACGUCUCAAGCCACCGAGUGGCAUUGUUUCAAACUCCAACCAGGAAGUCAUGAUGAACUGAGAGAUACCGAUCCGAUACAGUUUUCCCCCAUAGCACGGCUCCGUGUCACAAACUGACUACCUCUCUACUUUUUCCAAUCUGUUCCGAAUUCGGAAAAUUAGUGACGAUGUGAAAUUCGCUUGGACGACAUUCGUAGUACAUAUCCAAGCGGUCGAAACCAGUGUUUCAAGAUAGUGAAACCAACCCGGUUAUCGUAGUUUUGCCCGGAUACUUGUUACCGAACCUCUGCACUACUAACAUGAUGCUGCCAUUGAAUGUCAGCAAUCUAUCCGAGUCGUCGAUGAUCGAACACAGAGUUUUUUUACCAUUCUUAACGUGGAAAGGCCAAGUUUCACAAGCAUACAGCAAAACUGCUCUCACUGGCGAGUUGUCAACUCUACCUCUCACAGUCAGACUUACAUCACGAUAGCUCCAGAGGUGGCUCCAAUCGUUUUUCAUCACACAUAAGCUGAUCUUAUAUGAUGCACCACCACUAGUAUUCACACGCAAGUUCUAAGCAUUCAAAAAUCCGUGAAAUAUUAGAUUUUAGAAUAUUGUUUGGUUUACUUUUAUUAAAAUGUUCUUUUUAAUUGAAAUUUUGAUGGAAGUAAAAAUAUUCUUAUCACUAAGUAGAAAUAUAUAUUACUAAGUGUUGUAAAUAACGAUAAAUAGUUUGUAAAGAAUGUAAAAUGUUGUGUGGUGAAGAAAUUCACAAAAGUAAUAAUGAUAGUAGGAACAAUGAUAGAACGUGUGAGAUUAUUAGCUUUUAAAAAAAGUAGUCGAACUAAUGAAAGAAAAACUUAACAGAACAGUAAUGAAACUGAUCUUAGUGGUUUAGGUGUUCGACUUUCAGCUACUUAAUCCCAGGUUCGAGCCCCGCUCCACCUAAUUCUGUUUGGAGAACCAUGUAGUAUUUUUAGCCUUCACAUCGUGUGGCUCACAUCCCAAGUACCUGGAGAAUAAGUUAGUUUUCAUGUAUUUAGAUGUUGGAGGCUAAAGGAAGAGUAAGGUUAGUUUGUGAGUGAAAUUUUGGAUAUAUUGGACAUUUGAUUUAAGCUAACAUAAAUAUGUGAUAUACUUUCUGUUGACUCUUCCUAAGAUGGUACUUAUCGUUAUUCUCAGCUCUUGUGUAUGUAGUUAGUACUUACUUAGGAAUAAACUAAAGAAGUAUGUCCCUUCAGCACUUAUUAACUGAGUAUACCUACUGUACUAAAAUGGUUGUCAGUAUUUCUGAUAUGAUUUAAACCAGAUCUUGCUCUAACAAAGUAUCGACACGUAAGCUCCUUACACACAUGCCUUUAUAAAAUACCAUUUUUAUGUUAUAGACUGUUUGGAAGUUCAGUAAUUAGGGAUUAUAAAAUCUUCAAUAUUUCCAAAAAUAUUUUUUGAUUUAGAAUUCUAUAAGAUACUGGAGUUUCUUGUUAUUGGUACGUAAAGUGUUUUGCUUAGUUUAAUUUUUAAUGAAUAAAACAUCAAGUUCAUUUGUUGAAUCACCUGAGAAUAUUCCAAAUUAGUCCUGUUGCUUUGAAUUUUGUAGAUGUUAACAAUGUUCGUGUCAAAUACUUAACUAUAAGUAUUCAGGCAAUUAAUAUAACUAGUUAAGAGUUUGUGGAAAUCGUUCACGUUUAUUCAGUACAUCACGAAUGUUCAUCAAUCCAAGUAGCCACACCAUAAAUUAACACAGUGAGAUGGGAUUAUCAAAGCGAAAUAUCUCGUGAGUAACAUUAAUGAUUGUUAAAAUACUGAACAUAGAGAAUAUGAUUGGAGAAAGUAGACUGAAUUUAUCGAAAUAAAAUAUAUCGAUCAGUUUGAAACUUACGUUUUAAAGGUUUAGAAAUAGUUAAGUCAUUUGCGCUGCUGUCUCCGAUUUUUAACCAUUUUAUCUAAUGUCUCAAACCUAUUUUCUUUCUUAUCUUUAGGGGAGAAUUUAAAUCGUAAUCACUUAACACCGAAAUUUGAAUUCACUCACGUUUAUGAUGGCCUAAAAACAUCAUCAAAUGCAUUUCCAAAUGCAAAUAAAUCAUUUUCUAAUUUUCUGCAUAAUUCUAAUUUAAAUUUAAACUUCACUGACGAUGAUUUCAGUGAUGUAAAGUCAUCUGUUUGUUAUUCAGUUCCUGGUUCACCCAACAUUAAUUCAAAAUAUUCUCACUUAAUAAGACAGAGUAACUCAAGUGAAUUCAACGACGCUUCUCAUCAUAUAACUAAUAAUCCAACCGCCAUCAAUAAUAAUAAUAAUAAUAGAAAUAUUCGAACAAAGCGAUUUGAACGUUUGCGUGAUUUUUUGGGCACUUUUAAAAAUGAUAAUCUCUCUAAUACAGAUGAAAAUGAUCAUUACUUUUACAUGGAUCCAAAAUCUGUAGAACGUAGAAUGAAAUGUCAAGCAUCAAAUAUAAUUCUACCAGUAUCUUUUUGAUUCACUUUUUUUAAUUUUGAAAAUUUCCUCUUGUUAUUACUUCGUAUUUUCACUAAAUCAUCCGUCACUAUUACAAUUCUUUUUCUAAUUGUAUUUGCAAUGUAUUUACCUUCGCCUUAUUUUAGAGAAUAUAUAAGUGCUGAGUUAUUUAGUGUAUCAUUCUUUAGUUUGUAGAUAGAUGGAAGUCAUAAACAUCAGCUUCUUGUACUUAUUUUCUACUUCACUUAAUAUUCUAUGUAUCAACUUAAUUGUUUUCUUAUCAUUUCUUUAAUCACCAUUGUAUUUACUAUCAUUAUUUUCAGAGCCCAUCUCAAUAUUGUUUUCCAUUUUAUUUUAUUUUUGUUUGCGUUUAUCAUUGAUAUUAGUAACUGGGAAGUUUAUAUUUUAAGUUGCUUCUUUUGGUUCUUAUUCUAAUCGUUAUUGCCAUUGUUUACUUUUCGGUUGACGUUUAUGGACAUAUACCGUACACUUCAUUACACCACUGAUAUAUUUCAAAAUAUCAGUUUUACUACCGAUUAGUCUAGCUAUUUAAAAGUGAGUGAUUGUUUUUAUAUGUUGACUUUUUAAACGAAUUCUAUAUAACUGAAACAACAGUUCACAAUUGACUGAUCAGUGAAUAAUAACUGAUGUCAUGCUUGUCUAGUUCUUUGCUGCUGAUCAAAUCGCAAUGUGACUACAAGUCAAAAUGAAUUGAACGUGAACUUUGUUGUUAUGUUAAUAUGUUGGAGAUAGUUGAAAGGAAACUAUAGACCUAGGCUUAUACUAGUUGGCACUGGUUACGAAGGUGCACCUGUAUUCUUGUGGGAAUUGAUACUCCCUAUGGGGUUUGAACCCGAGUCAUCCAGCUUCAUAGCUUGAGACCUUACCAUUGAUAAGUUAAGGUAGUAACUGACUGUACAACUAAAAUAUUUGCGUUUCAUUGUCCACUGAAUAGGUCACUGGACACGCGAUAUUAUGCACCAAAUUGCUUGUUUAAUUAUUUUGAUAGUAUUAAUUGUACUUCCCGUUGACUUUUUAAAGAAGCGAAUCUUUAAUGCAAGCCCUAUGUAUGUUAUGUUUAAGGGUUUCCGUAUCGAUUGUUACUUCGUUUCCUGAUCAACGGGGACUGAUCAUUAUUAGGUAGGGAGAUAACCGUUACUGUUCGAGGUUACGAGUCUGAAUCUUAGUUUGAACCCAUCGUUUGUGUACGAAAUAACUAUGCGACACAUCAGUUCAGGUUUAAAAGUAAAUUCAGUUAUUGUAAUAUGGCAGCCGUACGCUCAUUAGUAAGGUCACCUGCAAAAUACGACCAAAAGAACUAGGUCUUGAAAUAUAAAGCUUAAAAAAAGCCACAAUCUUACUUUUAGUCAAAAUUUGUUGACACAUGAAACUUCUUCAUAGUUGGUAGUGAUGAGCGGAGGUUGCUUUAACGCAAAUUAAUUAACUGUGCAAUACAUCUAUUUUCUAUUCUUUCGAUUAAUGUAUUGCAGAUUCGUCCCGUAUAUGCUCUUGAAAUUCUCCUGUUGGACAUUGCAGUAUUAAAGGUCGUCUAUGUAAUGUAUUGGGAUAACACUUAGUCCAGGCUCGCAGCUCAGGAGACAAACUGUGGAGGAGAAAAUCUAAUGAAUAAUGGAGGAUGGGCGUUGUCUUCUAAGCCUAAUCAAAGUAUGGCGCAUCAAAUGAAUAAGUGUAAACGACCACCCCUGUCUACGGAAAGGUAUAAGGAGUGAUUAGUUAACGAUACGAGGAUAAGUGAAAUAAUAAUAAUGGGAUUAUUAACAAUCCAUCUAAUAACUUUUAAAAUUUAAUCAUGGGAUUGUGUAUCCAAUAACUGUCAAGCAGUGUACUCAUAUUGCUUGUUACGACUGAUGUUCUGAGUAUAGGUUCCGUCUUACUACGGAAACUCACUUUAAAAACGCGAGUAUUUUUAAAGACUAAAUGUCAGUUAUUUUUUGUCGUAGUACAUGGUUAGGACGAUGGGAAGAUACUUUGAGGAACAAUUCAUUCGAUUUCCAUUUAUCCUUCAUUUGCAUUUACUGUAUAACAGCAAUUCGAGUAUUGUGAAGAUUUGUUCUUGAUUGAGAUGGACUAAUAGACGCAGAGAUCGUUUUUGCAAGUCUAAGCGAUAUUAUUUUAUCCGAAGAUUUGCACAUAAAUAAUUUUUUCUGAAUUUCCAGUUUAUUUCACUGGGACGUGGAGUAGGUACAACAAAUUACCAAUAAUAAAGUGACUGAGUUAAAUUAGUAAUAAUCUAUAUUGAUUCUAUAUAUAUCCCGAAAUUAUUUACACAAAAAAGUGGAUGCACGCUACUUUCAUUCUAUUCGGCUUACUUUACAUUAAUUCCUAACUUAGCCAAGUUACAUAAGAUUUAAUAAUUAAAAUAAGUAACCAUUUAUUUUAAGCCCAGCAAACCACUUUUGAAUUGUUUAUUUAACUACUAUAUGUAGUGUGGUCAGCUAGUCAAUUUAGCACCAAUACUUUAUUCCAAAUAAUUAAUUAUUUCGUCAUCUCAUUUUAAUCGAAAGCUAAAUAAAUUAGGAUUGGUUUGAUUAUCUGAGCUUAGGUGACCUAAUGCACUUUAUUAUGAAUCAUAUCAUUGAGUGACAUUCUAAAGUUUUUAUGCUAGUGUCUAAGUUGAGUGAAUUUGUUAGAUCUCAACACUGAAUCAUUCGAUACUUCCUCAGAAACUGGAAGGAAUAGCUUUUAAAUGUGUAGUGAAAGUCUGUUUAAUGUUUCAACUUUGACUAAAUAAAAUCGAUAGGUCCAGAUCAUUAUAUGAAAACAAUUUUAAAACCUUGAUUUGAGUUUUGAUAAGUGAAACAGUCAUCUGUUCUCUUGUAUUACAUUUUCGUGUCCUUAUCUCGGUCCAUAUUUGGUCGAUGCGGAAGAUGAAGUUACAAUGAAAUUAAGUGGACAUACUGCGAAGGCAUUUCAUUAGGUGUUGAUACUUACGAGUAUUCUUAGGGUGAAAAUGAUUUGAAGGUUUAUUGUAUGGCUGAGAAUAGGAAUCGAUCAUGUAUCCUAGGAUUGAGUGAAUUCGCUUUCGGCUGUAUGGGGUCGAGUGAGUCCCCAAACGGUAAGUAGGAUCGUUGAAAAAAGGUAAUGGGAGUUGCCAUCGAGGUCGAAUGAUGAGGCGGUUUAGUUUAGAUAUAUGUCCUCAUCAUAGUGAUGCCUUGGAAGUUAAGUGUAUAACUCGAAUUUCUAAUUACAGGAAAGUUGUUUGGACAUCUAAAAGGAACUUACUGGUCACAGCCAAUAUAAAUGACGUUUGCAUAGAUAAUCUAUUUGUGGUAUGGGUAAACCUUCAGAUUUAUCACCUAAUGUUUACUUGGAUUCAUCUUUCUAAAUUUCUAACAUUCACCGAAGUAAAUCAUACUGACAUCAACUGGUUUAAGAUGAAUCUUAAGAGAAAUGUAAAUAUUUCGGAGCACAUCUUUGUACUUUUGUUAUCUUUUAAUAUACCCAAAAAUCAUUCUGAAUUUUUGGCCAACAUAUUUAUUGUUCUCAACAGGUUUAUGUAAUCUUAAAAGUUCUCAUAGGAUGAAUUAAACCAACCAUUGUUUUCCAUUACGUCUUCAUAAAACUCCACUCCAUUUUAUAGUAAUAUUUAGAUG